UUGGUGCUCGUUUAAUUCUUAGGCGUUAUGCAGUUCUCACGAGAAUGCAACAAUCAAGAAAUGCAACCACCGUAAUAAUUCUAGGCAUCCUAGCUGCAAUGACGUUUUUAUUUGUAUCAUACUAUCCGGGAUAUUACAGUCACAGGGAUGUCUCGUCUGAAAAGGAUGUCAUCCUAAGUUUAAAAGAGUACAGCAAUUUUGUAUCAAUACUAAACGAUUCGGUAGUACAACUCUUUGACAAACAUGAACGUUCAUUAAACACGUAUGCCGAAUGCAAAUAUAAUUUGUCUAUGCACCAGAUUAUUGUAUCCAGAUUCAAAGCAUGCAGAGAAAACAAUUCUAAACUAAAUAGUGAAUAUGAAAACAAUAAAGUGAAAUUGCAGACAUGCGAAAAUGAAAUGCCAAAACUAAGACAGUGUGAAGAAAGUGUGAUCAAUCAUGAGGUUGAUAAGAUACUUAAAGCGUCAACAAAUAAAGAAAACGUACAAUCAGAAUUUAAACAUGCAAGAUUAAGUGCAGUAGAAGAACCAAGAAUGUUCAGAGAUUUAUACAGUUCUAGAACUUCAAGGCAAGAAAUACCAGGUGAUUUACCUUCAACUGUUCAUUAUGUCUGGUGUGAAAAUAAAGACGUCAAAUUUGAAGACUUGUUAGGUAUAUUGAGUAUAGUGCGUGUCCUGAAUCCGUUGAGAUUGGUGUUUUAUUACAAUCAUUUGCCAGGAGGGGGUGGAUAUUAUUAUUACUCGUGGUUUUUCGAACUAAGACAAUCGGUGUUUAACUUGGAUUUGAAGAAAAUUGACAGGGUUAUAAGAUGUAACACGAUGGACGCAGUGGAGUUUGCGUUAGAACAAAUAAACUCAAGUAGAGGGGGAGGUUUUUAUUUUGGUGAAAGAGCUGUGUUGACGUACGUACCAGAAGACUGGAAAACUAAGAAAUUCGUCAUGUACUCAAAACCUGGGAAUGUAUCUAGUGAAGGAAUAAUUCUUUUGAUCAACCAAGAGGAAGCUAGAACAAAAGAAGACCUUGAUGUGUUUAGACAUAAAGUUCUCAAGGAUCCCAAUAAAUGCCACACACCUAAAGAGUUCGACAGUCGGGAUCCUGAUACAACACAGUACUCGCCGUGUGUAGUCCUGCCCAGUAAUGUGUUUCCAGAACAUAUCCUCAACAACACAUCCCAGUUUAACGCCGUACUCAGAUGGUUGUACUAUGGGCGAAGUGAGGGUCUACAGGUCAAGCAAAGCAAGGAUCCAGCUGAUUUGGUUCCACCCAUAAACCACGUGAUCUUCCUGAACCCUAACCCUGGCAGCCCAGUCGUCUGGUCAUUUGAAAGUUACAUCUGUGUCAUCUCUGCUCUUUAUGUUGGUGGAUUUGAGAGAGUGUAUGUACAUGGGGAUACAAGGCCGUCAGGUUACUGGUGGGAGAAGUUGAUGCACGAGAAUGCCACAUUUGUUUACAUAGACCAGCUUCGAAACAUCUUCCAGCAAGAUGUGAAUGUGAUGGCCCACAGGACGGAUCUUCUCAGAGUUCUCAUUCUGUUCAAAUAUGGAGGCACUUAUAAUGACAAAGACGUGAUUUGGGUGAAACCACUUUCUGUGAGCCAGAGAAGGUACCCAACGGUCUUGUGCUACGAGUGGACGGAUUAUCCAUCCUGGCCUCGAGCAAUCAGCAACGGUUUGUUGGUGGCAAGGGCUGGAGCUCCAUUCUUGUUGAAAGUUCUAGAGUCUUUCUGGUACUACCGUGACGACAGGUGGGCCUUGAACUCAGUGCUGAUGUUUUACAAGCUUUAUGAGAGGAACCCGGAAAUGGCCUACAUUGACCCAAAGCUACAGGUCAUUUGCUACCACAGAAUCUGCCACCCAACCUGGCACGACAACUACCGCAGGCGCUUCCAGGAUCCUAGACCUACAUCCAGAUUUAACAUUGAAGAAACAAACGCUUUCCAUUUCAUUCACCUGAGGGAACCCCCAAUGUUUACAUCGUUUUCUGCUGUAAAGAACAAAACCAGUAUUGACGCUUUGUUGUUAAGGAGAGUAAUGGACGCUAUACAGAAGGCGGGGAGAUCUCAUUUGUUGGAGGAGAAAAACUAGACUAACCUCUAAGAAAAAUUGCUGAG